ACCCGCGAAUCGUCACGCCUGAAUACUUUGUAACCUAAAAAAAAGCACGGGGGGUGAAAUACAGAAGAAAGUUGUAACACUUUAACUUUAGCAACCCCAGGGACUAGAAAGCACAAAGUGUAACAUGGAUCAAAUUUGACACUGACACCUGGGCAACUGCAGAGCUCCAACAAGAGACAGAGAGAUCAUUCGCCCACUUCACAGCCCUCUGCAAGGCAGCGCCAGCAACAGGCUAGAGAAAAAAUACUGGGACCAGAGAUGCCAUCUAAUAAGUACUCCUCAACCAUCAUGGCAAGCGACAAGAUGACCGCAACAGCUGCGGUGAACAGUGAUGUAGCCAUGGAUGGACUCUCUGAGAAAGACAGUGGCCUGGAACUCACUAAUGGCCAUCUUGGAAGCAGCCCACUAACAGCCUCAGAGCCCCCUUCUCCUCUGAGCCCCAAGCAGAAUGGGGGUUCCAUUUCUCCGGAGAUCAACAUGGACAAGCCAUCCAGCUGCAAGAAGAGGCUGAGGAAGAAUUCUGAGCUGGAAGACGAAAGCGCAUGGGAUUCUUCUUACAGUGAGGAAAAAUCCCGGGGAGUGGCAGGCUGGGAGACCAGUCUGAGACAGAGACCGCCUCCUCGGACGAUAUUCCAGGCUGGACUCAGCCCCCAUGGCAAGCCCAGGAGCAGAGACAGCAGCCUGAAGCCAAAGCAGGAUGAGAGCAGCUCUCUGAACCAGAACGGCGGCAGUCCCAGCGGCCUACAAGCCCACCUGCCUGAGGCGCCCUCUCUGGAGCUGAUGGAGCAGGACUCAAAGGACUCGGCCCAGAGCAGCUCCACCUCCACGUCCCAGGAGACAGCCAGCAGCUCCACGGAGUCCGGCUGCCAGCCGGAGUACAAGGAUAAUAAAGGCUUCGGGAUUGGCGAGCUGGUGUGGGGGAAGAUCAAGGGCUUCUCCUGGUGGCCAGGCAUUGUUGUCACCUGGCGUGCGACAGGCAAGCGACAGGCGUCACCUGGCAUGCGCUGGCUGCAGUGGUUUGGGGAUGGCAAGUUCUCUGAGGUCUCUGCAGACAAACUGGACUCCUUCAUGGCUUUCCCCAAGUAUUUCAACCAAGCUUCCUACAACAAGCUAGCCUCUUACAGGAGAGCCAUCUUUCAGGCUCUUGAGAUGGCCAGCACCCGUUCAGGAAAGACCUUCCCCCUGUGUGAAAAUGACAGCCCUGAGGACCAGGUGAAGCCUAUGUUGGACUGGGCCAAUGGAGGCUUCCAACCCAAGGGCUUGGAGGGGCUCAAGCCCUCCGAGAACACAGUGACCGGCUCUUUGAAUCACCAUGUCCUGGAGGUCAGUCUGCCCGAAUACUUCCCCCCGGCCAAGAAACAGAAGCCCUGCAAACCCAAGCUGGGAAGUGAAGAAGACUACAGCAGAGAACAAAUGGUCCAUGAAGUUUUGAAGAAUAACAGAAGUAUAGAAGAAUUUUGUCUCUCUUGUGGGAAAACACGAGCAGCGACUUUUCAUCCACUUUUUGAAGGAGGUCUUUGCCAAACCUGCAAGGAUGUGUAUUUAGAAAUCUCCUACAUGUACGAUGACGAUGGCUACCAGUCGUACUGCACUGUGUGUUGUGGAGGCCGGGAAGUCCUGCUGUGUGGCAAUGCCAACUGCUGUAGGUGUUUCUGUGUCGACUGUCUGGACAUCCUGGUGGGUGCCGGGGCAGCGGAGAGCGCCAAGGUGCUGGACCCCUGGCGCUGCUACAUGUGCCAGCCGCCCCAGCAGUACGGCGUGCUGAAGCGCAGGGGGGACUGGAGCGUCAAGCUGCAGGAGUUCUUCGUCAACGACAACGGCCAGGAGUUUGAGAGCCCCAGAACAUACCCUGCUGUUCCUGCGGAGCAGAGAAGGCCUAUCCGAGUGCUCUCUCUGUUUGACGGCAUUGCCACUGGGUAUUUAGUUUUAAAGGAUCUGGGAUUCAAGGUUGACCAAUAUAUUGCAUCCGAGGUGUGUGAAGACUCUAUUUCCGUAGGAGUCGUCCGGCAUGAAGGAAAAAUUCAAUAUGUGCACGAUGUGAGGAACAUCACAAGAAAGAAUAUUGAAGAAUGGGGUCCCUUUGAUCUGGUUAUUGGUGGAAGUCCCUGCAACGACCUAUCAAUCGUGAACCCGGCCAGGAAGGGCCUGUAUGAGGGCACGGGGCGGCUGUUCUUCGAGUUUUACCGCCUGCUGAGCUUUGCAAAGCCCAAGGAAGGGGAGGACCGGCCGUUCUUCUGGAUGUUCGAGAACGUGGUGGCCAUGGGAGUGAACGACAAGAGGGACAUUUCUCGCUUCCUGGAGUGCAACCCAGUCAUGAUUGAUGCCAUAGAGGUAUCAGCUGCACACAGAGCCAGAUAUUUCUGGGGCAAUCUUCCUGGAAUGAACAGGCCUCUGUGCGCUUCAGGCAUGGAUAAGCUGGAACUUCAGGACUGCCUGGAGCAUGGGCGACUGGCGAAGUUUGGGAAGGUACGCACCAUCACCACACGGUCUAACUCCAUUAAGCAAGGGAAAGACCAGCACUUUCCUGUGAUAAUGAACGGCAAGGAGGACAUUCUGUGGUGCACAGAGCUGGAGAGGAUUUUCGGGUUCCCAGUGCACUACACUGACGUGUCCAACAUGGGUCGGGUCGCCAGACAGAAGCUGCUGGGUCGGUCUUGGAGUGUCCCCGUAAUUCGACACCUCUUUGCCCCACUCAAGGACUACUUUGCCUGUGAAUAGCUAUGAGAGAAUUUGUGUGUGUCCCAUUCACAGAAAUCCACAAAGCUCAGAUACCAUAGCACCUCUGUAUGAGGCUGCAGCUUUCACCACAGGUAAAUCGUUACCACUGAGCUCCAUCCGGGUGUUAAAGUUAAUGGAGAAGUUUUUAGGCUGGAUGUAUGAUAUAUUACCAGUAGCAGUACUGUAGAUCUAACACAUCUUGGUCUUAGCACUUUGAAUGCUUAAAAAAGCUUUAACUUUCAGUUCAUUUUUUUCACACAAGAUAUUGAGAAGGAUGAAAAGGCUUUUCAAUGCUUUUUUAUCAGAUAUUUUAUAUUUUGUCCACUCCAAGAAAGUCAUUUUGAUUUUUAUCCACCAACUAAACAUUAGGUGAAGAAUGUUGUUUUUUUCCUCUCUUUUAUGUGAAGCCAGAAUAUUUUUUAUGUGACAAAAAUAUUACAUUAACAGAGUUUUGCAUUAAGGCUAAAUUUGUGUGAAUUGGGUUACAAUGAAGCAUUUUAAAUAUAUAUUAACAGAUUACUUUUUAAUUUAAAAUAACAUAAUAUCUGCAAACAGAAAUCACUACCAACUUGGCACAUGUGGACUAAUUGAGUAGAACAUCAGCUGCCUGGUGCUUAGAACUGUUACAAAACUGUUGACUUAAAUUCCGAUCUUCAAUUUAAAAAUAAGAAAGUGCAAAAGUUAAUGUGUUAAAUUCAUCUUAAGGAGAAAAAAAGAUUUCGCCAUUACAUUGUUUUUCAUUGAUCAUUUUUAACCUAAAGGUCUAUAUUUGAGGGGAUUACAAAUGCAUGUGCCCCAGUUGUGAAGAGCACUCAUUUUUGUGAGAUGUAGCAUGGCUAAUAGAGAACAAAAAAUCACUAACUUUAGGAAGACGGCACCAUGUCUGUGAUUCAAUAAUCAUGUCAUGGUAUUUCUUCCCAAAGUCUUUCUUUAAUUGUUCUUUGAGAAAAUAUUUGCAUUUAACACUAUUGUUUAAAGAAUACUGGACCUAAAGAGAAAUUGUAAGCAUGGGUGUCUGACAAGAAGGACUUGUAUACAGUAUGUGCAAAGUGUUAACAGCACAUUAAAAGUAAUCCUGAUAUUUUCAGGCACCCUUUUUGUUAACAUCAUCUAAAAUAUAUACAGAUGUAAAAAAAAAUGUUUUUGCAUAGCUCAUUGUUAAGGCAAUUGUCAUAGAAUCUGAAAAUUCUAAAAUGACAUCACCUGCCUUUUUGUAAAUACAGUGCCUUCCAACAUUGAUGCACAGAACACCUAAUACAGUCAUGAAGAUAGCUAGCUGGUCCGGGCACAGAAUUCUGGUAGGCUGGAUGCUUGGAAGCAGUGGAAGUUGCGUACUAAGUUUUAUUGACUAUUCUCCUCAGUAAAACUCCUGUGGAAUAGCCACAAAAGGUGGCAACUAACCUGAACAUGUACAGUAUACCAGUCAAGCCUAGAUAAGUGAUAGCUGUUAUGACAAAUAACAAAUAUAACCAAAAAAGAGCAUUAUUACCUCCAUUUUUCACAGUAAACAGGGAAAGAAACUUUCACUUGUAGCAUCUUUAAUAAAAAACGUAAGAAUUCUGCUUUUCGACAAAGCGAAAAACAUUUUUUUUCUUCAUUCUAAUAUUACCUUGUUGCCUGUUUUUAAGUUAAGAUCUUUCAGUCAGGGGGAUAUUUUAAAAGAGACGUACUGUAUUUUAAUUAAAAAAAUGUUUACAAAUUAAAAUUUCCCUCUUAACUAAGAAAAAGAUUUUGGGGAUACAGUAUACAGUCAUCUUGAAUUACAUUGCUCUCUAAUGCUUAGAGGCAGGUUAUUAUUUUUUUAAAUUGAAGUAAAGCAUAUAAAAAUUUACCAUUUAUUUUUUAUACUUUACCUGUAUUUUCUAACCAACUGUGUCUGUACUGUAUAUCUAUCAAUAUAAAAGUACUGUAUAUGUUUUUAGAAAAGAAAAAUAAGAGU